CUUGCUUGUACUGUGUCACAUGCAGAUGUACACAGAAUUGCAAGCGACUACACCAUUAGUUCCCAAAAGGAGCUUUGUUUUUCUUAGAACUUGUAAACAAAUUGAUCAAUCGACUUGGGUAGUUGCAGAUGUUCCAAUUGAACCUUCUGGGAAUGUUGGUUAUCCAUCCGGAUGUUGGAUACAAGGAACAGCCGAGAGAUUAUCCAAGGUCAUAUGGGUGGAGCAUUUUAAAAUUGAACAUAGAUCUAUACCCCGCAAGAUUUACAACAUUCUGGGUCGUAUAGGCUUGGCAUUUGGAGCUGAGCGAUGGGUCGCAUGCCUUGAACGAUCAUGUGAAAGAAAAUCUUACGAGAUGCAGACUCUUCCUGGAGGUAAUGAGUGUGAUUACGAGAUUAGAUAUAUGAUGUUGCUGGGACAAAGGAUGGUUGAUGCCUUCUGUCAGAUCAUAAGUCCUACCAUUGACGAUGACCCGUGGUCAUUUGUUUCUGGUCCCAAGUCCUUGAAGAUAUAUGCAACCCUCCGUGAGUCUCCUUACUAUGAUGAUCCGAAAGAAAUGGUUAUAGUAGCAAGCACCACCUUUCUUCUACGUGAGUACUCUCCAGAGUUUGUCCUUGAUAUCCUUGGAGAUGAGCGUAGGCGUCAUGAGUGGGAUUUGUCUGGGAGGCCUGAGGUACUCACAGAUGUGGGAUAUUACACAACUGGCAAGAACCCUUGGAACGCUAUAUCUGUUUUUGAGAUUGACGAGUCCAGCGGUCAUCAGAUACUCCAAGAGACUAGUGUCAACCGAUCUGGAUCGUUAGUGGUAUGGUCCGUGGUUAAACAUAGGAAAUAUGAUGGUGGAUUACCUUGCUGUCUUCCUCUCAAUACAUUAUCAGGGUUCGCUAUCAGCUCCAAAAGCCUCCAAAACACUAGAAGUAGAAGCGAUACGUCUGGUGGCACAUUUGUGACUCUGGGGGUACAGCUUAGGGCCGUUGGCAUCAAGUCAUUGGAUGAACUAGACCCAAAGGCAAUGCCAAUGGACUUUAUCAACAAAUAUAUAAAGGAGACCCAUCGCAGAGUCGUUCACCUUCUCCAGAAGGAGUCUGCGUGUAGAUCAACUUAAAAGGAACAAGAGAAAGACUGACGGGGCGACAAGUGAUAACAAGGGUCCUGGCUUCUGGUUUCAUUUUUUUUUAUUUAUGAAUCGCUACACUUAUUAACAGUAACUUUUGGGUCUUAGCAUGAACCAAGUAGUUUUGUCUUCCUCUGACGUACUGAGCUUGCAGUUAGUU